UGUUCAUUGGAAAAAGGGAUAAUGGUAUUAGGUAGUGAAAUUGAAACAAAACAAGUGAACAAGUUCACGUAUAUUAGUAGAGUCUGCGUUCUGGCAAAGUACUCAAUCAUUGUUGAUCAGCAACAGCCAUGGGAGAGGUUGACACUGCUUUCAUCCAAGACCCAGAACACAGGCCAAAGCUCUCCUCCAUCCAAGUCGAAGGAAUUCCCAUAAUUGAUCUCUCUCCAAUCACCAACCAAACAGUUUCAGAUCUAUCUUCCAUUGAAAGCUUAGUGAAGGAGACAGGGAGUGCAUGCAAAGAGUGGGGCUUCUUCCAAGUAAUCAACCAUGGGGUCUCCCUGACUCUAAGGCAAAGGCUUGAAAAUGCUUCAAGGAUGUUCUUUGCUCAAACUCUGGAAGAGAAGAAGAAGGUUAGCAGAGAUGAGAUUUCACUAAUCGGUUACUAUGACACAGAACUCACCAAAAACGUCAGGGACUGGAAAGAAGUGUUUGAUUUUCUAGCCAAAGACCCCACUUCCAUUCCUGCAUCUUCUGAUGAACACGAUGAUCGACUCAUUCAAUGGACUAAUGCAUCCCCCGAUUACCCUUCAAACUUUAGGGAUUUAAUAGAAGAGUAUAUUGAAGAGAUGGAAAAGUUGUCCUUUAAGUUGAUGGAGCUGAUAGCUCUGAGCUUAGGCCUUGAGGCAAAGAGGUUUGAAGAGUUUUUCACGAAAGAUCAAACCAGCUUUAUUCGUUUCAACCACUAUCCUCCAUGCCCUUAUCCUCACCUAGCCCUUGGUGUUGGUCGACACAAGGAUGGUGGAGCCUUAACCAUUCUUGCACAAGAUGAGGUUGGAGGACUUGAAGUCAAACGCAAAGCAGAUCAAGAAUGGGUUCCAGUCAAACCUACAGCAGAUGCUUACAUAAUCAAUGUUGGUGAUAUUAUUCAGGUUUGGAGCAAUGAUUUGUAUGAGAGUGUGGAACACAGAGUGAUGGUUAACUCUGAGAAAGAAAGGUUUUCCAUUCCAUUUUUCUUCAACCCUGCACAGGACACAGAAGUGAAGCCUUUGGAGGAGAUGACAAAUGAGGAGAACCCUUCCAAAUAUAGGGCAUACAAAUGGGGCAAGUUCCUUGUUCACAGAAAGGGAAGCAAUUUCAAGAAACAAAAUCAAGACAACAUUCAGAUUUAUCAUUAUAAGAUAGCUUAAAGGAUAACAGAUUAGCAUGGCCUUUUAGCUUAUAGUCAUACAAUAAUGUUUCUCAUAUGCUUGUGGGGCUAAUUAUAUUUCUUGCUAAAUUUGACUUAGUGUGCAUUGUGUACCAGAGUUGAAGCACAGAAAAUAAGAAAUAAAUUAAUA